UUGGUAAUGAACAGGUUAUGAUAAAUGAUAAACCGGUUACUCGAUAUCCCUCUUUUCCAUGUCUGGGAGUAGAACUAGAUGAAAGAAUGAGCUGGGAAAAUCAUAUAGACACAAUAUGUAGGAAAGUUGGCUCCGGUACUGGAAUCAUCAAAAGAGUAAAGCCGUUUGUGCCGUCCGAAACACUACAAAAUUUAUAUUUUUGUUAUAUAAAUUCUCUCCGUUCUCCCAUAUUUUGACUAUUGUUCAUCUUUAUGGGAUAAUUGUGGAAAGCAUGCUCAAAGAGAAAUUUACAAAAAAACUACAAAAUAGGGCGGCAAGAAUUAUGACAGGUGCCAAUUAUGAUGUCAGGUCGACAGAUUUGCUCCAUGCUAUAUGUCAUGGAAAAAUCUGCACGACAGACAUAAAAUGAAUAAAUUGGUCUUGAUGUUCAAAAUAUUAAACAACCACUCAGCUCCGAACUUAAAGGAUAAAUUUAUAACAAGGGACAUAAAUCUUAGUGCUAAUUAAUUAUAAUCUCAGAAAUGCUGAUAUAAAUCUUUCAGUUCCUAAACCACGUACUGAAUAUUUAAAAAAGAGUUUUGGAUAUAGCGGGGCUGUUCUAUGGAAUAGUUUACCUACGCAGGCAAAGCAAACAGAAUCUUUAAGUAGCUUCAAAAAUUUGAUAAAAUAAUGUGUGCUACAGAGUCAGGCAUCGAAUAGUCUUGGUUUUUUAACUUUUUUAUCUACGUAUUUGUUAUUCUGAGUUAUUCUAUUUCAUAUUUAAUUUAUAUUAGUUUUUAGAAUGUAAUCUGUGUGACGCCCCUCAUGAAAAUCAUCCAUGGGUGAUGAGGGAAGCGUGGUUAAAUAAAGUUUUACUAUACUAUACUACACUAUACCCAGCCGUACCAAGACUCGAGUGAUUGUGAGAAAAGACGAUGUUUGCUUGUUACAGUCGUACAAUUCACUCCUUCCCUUCUAAGGCCUCUGCCUUUGCCAUCAAGGGGAGUUUGCAUAUAAUGGAAACUACUCCAUCGCUUUAUCCGCUGCAACAUCCUCCAACCUAGACUCUCUUCUAAUUGUGAGAAAAGAGGAUGUUUGCUUGUCCCACUCUUACAAUUUACUGCUGGCCUUCGAAGUCCUCUGCGUUUGCCGUCGAAGUGUGUUUUGCCAUUGAUUGGAACUUUGCUGUUAAAUGUUUCAGCUAUUUCUUCAGGUGCAGUUAUUUCUCGCUCUUCAAAAUCUAAUUGUAUUAUCUUUUUAGUUUUGCUUACAUUUCUAGAGCUUAUAGUUCAUUUAUAAGGUUGUAUGUUUUUUUCAUGUUGCCUUUACUCGAUUCAAGAUUAUUCUUAUAAUAAGCUUGUUUAGUUUUUUUAAUUUCAUUAUUAAUGUGAUUUCGAGUUUGUCGAUAUUGAUGCCAGAUUUUAGGAUCAUUGGAUGUAACAGCUUUCUUUUUUAGGUAAUCUCGUUUAAAUAUCUGGCGUCUUAAAUCUUUUGUAAUCCAGGGAGAUUUUCUAUUUCUAAUUCUCCUGGAUCUAAGUGGUGCGUGCUUAUUUAUGGUUUUCAUGAGCAUUUUUUUCCAGGCAUCAAACAUUUCGUUAUGGUCCUGGGAGCAAUAGACACUAUCCCAAUGGUUUAGUUCAAGAUCGCUUAGAAAGAAUUCUCUGUUGAAGUUCUUCAUUGUUCUAGCAUCUAUCGUUCUGGGGCCCCCUCGUGUAUAUAGUUAGCCUUACGUAUCAUAUAUAUUAAUGAAUGGUCACUAAUAGAUACGUGUAUGACACCAGACUUCACAAUAUUUACAGGUGUAUUGGUUAGGCAUAAAUCGAUCAGGGUGCUAGAUGUAGCAGUAAUUCUUGUCGGUUCGUUUAUUAAUUGUUCGACAUCGUAUAUAUCAAGUAUUUCUUGUAGAUUAUGUCGUAUUUUGUAAUUAAUAUUACUUCUAAUGUAAAUGCAAAUGCCGCCACCCUGACGGCCAUUUGUACGUCGAUCUCUUCGAAUGAUUUCAAAAUUUGGUAUAUGGAUUUCAUUGUCAUUAAUUGAUGAAUCAAGUUUGGUCUCAUUAAUACAUAAUAUGUCUACUUUAUUAUUACUCAUAAAUACUCGUAAUUCAUCUAUAUGGGCAAAUAAACUAUUUAUAUUCAAACAUGCCAUAGACAUGCCCCGAUGAAAUGGUAUAUUUUCUAAAUUAUAUAAUGAAAUAUUUGAAUAAUUUGAUUCGUUUGACUCACCCAAGGUUAUCGACGAUUGGUCAUCUAUAGCUACUUGGCUGUAUUUCAGUAUUAGCUACAGGCUCCCACACGGCGUUGUCCUAAUGUUUCCUAUUAUAAAUAAAAUCAGUAAAAUUGCGUGCCAUCUUGAUUGUUCCCACUUUAUUUAGAUGGAUUCUGCUUUGGUUUAAAUCCUCGGGUGUGAUCGAUAUAUUUCCAAUGUUUCUGAAUGCAGGUUUGUUUGGGGACUUUAUUAACAUCGCUGACUUUGCGUGUUAGAAACUCGUCAUCAGAUCGUGUUAUUAAGCUCGAGAUUGCAUUUUUUUACUGAUUCGCCCAAUUUAAUAAUCUCUUCCGCACAUGAGCGCUCCGAGUUUCCACGAAUUUUUAGGCAAUUUGUGCCGACAUGGAUAAUAAGCUUAUCGGGUUUCUUUCUUAAUAUCGGUUUUAUAUAAUCUGUCAUAUCUAACGUGGUACUUCCGGGGAAGGCAGAUACUUGAAUUUUUGUGCUUUUCGUUGACAUCUUAUAACCGUUGACAUGUUUAACCAUUGUGUCACCCGCCACUAUUACUCUUGUUGGCUUAGUGCCUGGAUGGCUUCCCUCAAGGUCGAGGUUGGUCUGAUCGCUUGGUCCAGCUGUCUUUGGUGGUGCGCUUCGCGUUUCUUGCCGCAUAUCUACGUUUGUUUUAGCAACUAAUUUCUCAGCAUCAGAUCUUAUUG